CUGCAAAUAUGCCAAGCUGUAAGAACACGACUCUCUAAGCUUAAUUCCUAUAUAUGAUGUUACAAACUUCUUGAAAUUGUUAAGGGGUUAUAUUCUAAGCGGCAUUUCAUUUUCUUAAUGGUUGUUUAUUCUAGGUAUGGUGAUGCAAACUUUGUUGAUGAACGACAUCGGCAUAGAUACGAGGUCAAUCCUGAUAUGAUAUCAAAACUUGAAGCAGCUGGUCUCUCGUUUGUUGGCAGGGAUGAAACUGGUAGGAGGAUGGAGAUUGUAGAACUACCAAGCCAUCCAUAUUUUAUUGGUGUUCAGUUCCAUCCUGAAUUCAAGUCCAGACCAGGAAAACCUUCUGCUCUUUUCUCCGGUUCUUAUCCAUAAAAUCUGGCAUUAAGGGUUUAUAUUGGUUGCAGCAUAAUUGCUUAGUAUUUAGAUUAUUUUAU